AUGGCUCCUAUCACUAAGAAGGCGGGCAAGGCCCAGAAGCAGACCAAGAAGUUCAUCAUCAACGCUUCGCAGCCUGCUAGCGACAAGAUCUUCGACGUCUCUGCCUUUGAGAAGUUCCUCCAGGACCACAUCAAGGUUGACGGCCGCACCAACAACCUGGGCGAUAACGUCGCCAUCCAGUCGUCUGGUGAUGGCAAGAUCGAGGUCAUUGCCCACAACGAGCUCUCUGGCCGCUACCUCAAGUACCUGACCAAGAAGUUCCUCAAGAAGCAGCAGCUCCGUGACUGGCUCCGUGUCGUCUCCACCUCCCGUGGUGUCUACGAGCUCAAGUUCUUCAACGUCGUCAACGAUGACGCCGAUGAGGAUGACGAGUAA